CGAUAGAGACUGUUAGAGAUGUUCUGCAGCGAAUGAACAUGCACAAAUUUACUGUAAGUCACUCAUUCCAUUAUUGUGACUGGGUGCUCGACUAUGAGUUUUACAGUGACAGUUUUUGCACAUUGUUAAAAUCAUUUGUUUCAUUCAAUUUUUUUAUUAACUACAUCAAUAUUACACGUUUUUUUGAUUAAAAGAAUUCUGCAAUUCAUCAUAAUGUGCCAGGUCACUGUGAAAAGAGGAAAAAAUGUUUAAAAAUCAAUAUUAAAUCUCUUGUGUCAGAUACAAAAAAUUCUCAGUACCUCUUAAUGAAUACCUAAAGGUAGGACACAACUUUGUAAUGCAUGUCAUAUAAAUGUUUUGCCACAAGUCAUGCUGAUGUUGGCUUUCUUCAUUUCAGGUCUGUUAUGGUUCCCCUGAAACAAGCCCAGUUUCCUUCCAGUCCACUGGUUUAUGUUCAGUGGAAAAAAGAGUGUCCACUGUGGGCAAAGUCUUGGACCACCUCGAGGAAAGAAAUAUUCUUAAACCAUUUCACCCAGACCCUUAGAAAUUUUUAGCCAAAGGGGAAGAACUCACUUUUUUGUAAACAUGUUAAGAAAAUUAUAUUUUAAACAAUGCAACAUAAUUAAAUUACAUCCUAAAAAAUAUUGCUGUUGAGAGAUUUCUGGGUAAAGCUCAUUUCCUGUCAUUCCAUUGUGAAUAUUUGGAUCAAUUCAGUAACAUGUCAAAGCAACAAGCUACAAUCUUUAUUAAAGCUGAUAGGUUCUGAUGCAAUGCUUAACACACUGAGAAAGUGGACUGGCAAUAUUUCAUGACCUGGGACUUUUGUCACAUGUGUGUAGUUCUGGCAGAUUAAUCUCAGGUUCAUUUCUAAAGAGCUAUUCCUUAGCUUUACUGUUCAAACAAACAUUCGAUUGCUAUUUCAUUUGUUCUGAAGAGAUUGGAUUUACAUGCGUUUUUCUCUCUUCCUUCCUACUAAAGUUAAUGAAAAGAUGAUAAGUGACCAUGAACUUCCGGGUUAAAGGUCAGCCCCGGAAGUGUUUGGCAAUUUAUUUUCAUUGACGUGAUCUCUUAAUCUCUUCCCAACAGGCAAAGAUCAUCGACUCAGAAGGCCGAGUGGUUCCUGUGGGCUCAUCUGGUGAACUGUGUACGAGAGGAUCAAGUACAAUGUUGGGAUACUGAGUUGACCAAGAAAAAACGAAGCAAGCCAUAACCCCUGAUGAAUGGUAUCACACUGGGUAAGGUUGGAAUUAUAGCACAAGGGGGAGAUGGUGGUAUGAUAUCACAGUGGGUAAGGUUGGAAUUAUAGCACAUGGGGGAGAUGGUGGUAUGAUAUCACAGUGGGUAAGGUUGGAAUUAUAGCUCAUGGGGGAGAUGGUGGUAUGAUAUCACACUGGGUAAGGUUGGAAUUAUAGCUCAUGGGGGAGAUGGUGGUAUGACAUCACACUGGGUAAGGUUGUUACUAUAGCAAAUGAAGGAGAUGGUGGUAUGACAUCACACUGGGUAAGGUUGGAAUUAUAGCACAUGGGGGAGAUGGUGGUAUGAUAUCACACUGGGUAAGGUUGGAAUUAUAGCUCAUGGGGGAGAUGGUGGUAUGACAUCACACUGGGUAAGGUUGUUACUAUAGCAAAUGAAGGAGAUGGUGGUAUGACAUCACACUGGGUAAGGUUGGAAUUAUAGCAAAUGAAGGAGAUGAUGACAUGAUAUCACACUGGGUAAGGUUGGAAUUAUAGCAAAUGAAGGAGAUUGUGGUAUGAUAUCACAGUGGGUAAGGUGGGAAUUAUAGCACAUGAGGGUUAUGAUGGCAUGAUAUCACAGUGGGUAAUGUUUGAAUUAUCGCAAAUGGGGGGAGAUGGUGGUAUGAUAUCACACUGGGUAAGGCUUCAAUUAUGGCUCAUGUGGGUUACGAUGACAUACAGAGGCUCUUAUUUAUCUUAAAAGUGAUAUAAAUUGAUUAUUUUUUGUAAGUGAUUACUUAAAUUUGUUAAAAUCUAAAAUAUUGAUGAGUUAUGUCAGAAACAUAUCAGAAGAAACUUCAUGAUUUGCAAUGUAGAGCAUGCAUGGAAAUCAUAAUUACAGUCUCAAAGAUAAUAUUUUUUUUUUUUUUUAAAGUGACCUGGCUGUCAUGACAGAAGAAGGCUACUGCAGCAUUGUUGGAAGAAUAAAAGACAUGCUCAUUCAGGGUGGAGAAAACAUCUACCCUCUGGAAAUUGAACAAAUUCUCUACCAGCACCCUAAGAUAAAAGAUGUGCAGGUUAGUCACAACAAUGUCUCUUGAGAUAAGCCAUGUUAAGUAUUGGUGAGUUCAAGUCUUGUCAUCUUACAUUUAUAGUUCAAUAAUUUUUUAUGCAAGUAAUAAGUUAAUCAACAGGACUUACAAUUAGUCCAAAACUUUUUUUUUUCCAUGGAAAAAUAAGAGAAAGUUUAUUAUUUGAACUGAACAUUAAAAAAACAAACUUUUGUGCUUGUCUGAGUUGAUUUUUUUAUUUUUCAAUACAUUGGUUUUCCAACAAUACCACCUCAAGUCCUAUUCAGUGAACAGCAGUGCUAUGUAAGGAAAUGAAGUUGUCGAUUUUUUUUCUACUCUAACUCAAAGAAGAUAAUAAUAUAUUUUUUUGAAAGGUUAAAUACUGAAACUCUAUGGCGUAUGGUUAGUUUUUUUUUAUUAAUCAUAAUUUGAAUGUUCUAAUAAAAACAUUUUUUAAAAAAAUAUAUUGAGUCUCAGAUGCAGUGUUUUUGAACAGGUGAUUGGUGUCCCAGACAAAAGACUAGGUGAGCAGGUCUGUGCCUGGAUUGUGGUCAAAUCUGGGAUGAUGUUAACAGACAAAGAUGUCAAAGAAUUUUGUAAAGAUAAGGUGAGGUGAAAAUUUAUUGUUUUUAAAGCCAUACCUUGUCCAACCUAUCUACAAAAAGAAUGAAAUGGAUAUGCCAGCCAAAUUUCUCUUAUGAACCAAUGAAAUGGAUAUCCCAGCCCAAAGCUCUUAUUAACUCAAUGAAAUGGAUAUCCCAGCCCAAAGGCUCUUAUGAACCAAAUGAAAAUCUGAACUCGUAAUCCAACCCUCUUGAACCCCAUUCCCAGAUGGACCUCAAUCACUGGCAGACACCUGGCUAUCCCAGGAACACCAGAGAUAGCUUCCUCAAAAUGCGGUUGGAUUCCACUUAAAAAUGGUCCCUAAUUCAAGUUAUUGCAGCCGUCCCCUUUUUACCAGUAAUUCUGCAGUUGCUGGUUUUUUUACACAGAUUCCUCAUCAAAGAGAUGAAAAUGAUAGCAAAGACUUAAUUUUAUAUUAUUUUAAAGAAUUAAAUAUUAUUUAAAAAAUGAAAACUAAAUUCUACAGCCCCGAAAGCUUUUUUUAAAAAAAAAAUGGAAUAACUCUUGCAGUUCUGAAAUUAGUUUUAAUAUUACUAUGUAUGUUCUAUGUUAAAAUAAUUAUUAACAGAUGUAUAUAAAUAAUUUUUGUUGGUCUUCAUUGCUUGUUGGUCUUCGUUGCUUGUUGUGUCUAGUUUCUGGCCACUGUGCAUAUAAGUUACUGAAAGACUGUCAGUGUCAGUGGCUUAUCAAAGUUAAUGAACUGAUGAUAUUUCGUAUUCGUCUUGUACAGUGAAAAUGUGAGAUUAAGAGAUCAACUGUACAAGAAGAGAAAAAAAUGUGUUUAUGAUCUUUUAAAAGGAGAUCUACCUGAUUAACUAACCCUAAUGGGAAUUUCACAAUGGAAAGAAUAAAUAUAUAGUUCUUGAAAUGUUACCUCUGUUAUUUUAAAAUUCUGUUUCAGAUGGCCAAGUUUAAAAUUCCUCACUACAUUUUGUUUGUUGAGGAUUUCCCAAAGACAGUUACUGGGAAGAUACAAAAAUGUGUCAUGAGAGAGGAGAGUAUUAAACUGCUUGGGCUUGAAUGUCAAUAAAUUCAUUUCUAAAUAUUUAAAUCAGAUAUAUUUGACACAUACUUAACCGGAGUUGCAAUUUUUUACCAUGCCAAAAUGAGCUGAUUUAUUUAUUGAAAAGGUGUGAAAGAUAUUUUUGUUUUAAAUUAGAACACUGCUGUCAACUGACCUGUGUAAAAUAAAUUCAAACCCUCCAAUAAUUGUGUUGGAAUGGAACAAACUUUAAGAAUUUAUUCAUUCAAGGUCUACAAAGCUAAAACAUGAGCAGGACUCUUGUCUCAAAUAAUUAAAUUAUAAUUAAAGUAUGUCCUAUUUAAUUUUAAAACUAAAUUUUUUUUAUUAAUCCCUUUUGUAUAAGGGAUACAUUUUUAUAUGACAUUUUGUAGCAUUAAAAAUGCCAGCAGAAUUUGAAAUAUAUAUUACUUUAUCUUCACAAAGAUAACUUGAAACAUAUUUAGUUGAUUUUUGCACACACCAUAUGAUUAAACAACUAAAUAACUAUUUGAAAUCAGGAUAAUUAAUCUGAGUUAUAUAUGGUAUAUCUAGAAAUGUCUUUGAUAUAUUUCAGUUCAAAUGCCUUAUUCUACAUGUAUUCCAUUGAAUAAAACAAAAGUUAUUAUUUGGCCUAUUCUGCAAUAGCUCUAAACUUAUUUUUUUUUUUAAAAAUAAAUUUUGGAAUUUUCUCACAUUACAGAUGUGAAGUGUUUAAAAUGUGCUGUAUAUUUUAAGUAAGAUUUGAACCUUAGAGUUUUUUAUGCUAAUAUCUAUUGUGAUACUGAAAUUUAGAGAAUAUCAGUUUUUGUAUACUUCAAUAUAUAUAUAAAACUUUAUAAAAUUAUACAUUUGUUGCAUGUUAAAUUGCUCAACAUUUACUUAUUGCCUAAAAGUUAAUUUUCUCUUUACAUUUGCUGAAUAAUGUCAUUACCGGUAUUGUAUUAUCUUUGUUAUAUUGUGCCUUAUACUGGACUCCAUGUUGAUGUUAUUCUGUAAUAAAACCCUGUGCACAUUCUUAAAAAAAGAAUAUCUUUUCCCCAAGUUAUUUAUUACCUCUGAAUAUUAAAAGAAAAACGGCAGUGGGAUGGGGCAUA